UGGUCGAUCUUCGAGACACAGACGAGCCAGCAUCAUUCACUAGAUAGCCGCGCGCCCAGCUGUUAAUUAUACGCCAAACUCGUGUGGGGAUUCCGCUUGAUAUAGGACUGCAUCGCCGCCCAGCAGCAGAGAGAGCACCAGGAUCGCCAACAACUUCUCAGUCCAAAGCCUUAGUUGACCGAAAAUGAAGUCGUCUACCCCGGCCUUGUUCGCCGCUGGGCUCCUUGCUCAGCAUGCUGCGGCCCACUCCAUCUUCCAGCAGGCGAGCAGCGGCUCGACCGACUUUGAUACGCUGUGCACCCGGAUGCCGCCCAACAAUAGCCCCGUCACUAGUGUGACCAGCGGCGACAUGACCUGCAACGUCGGCGGCACCAAGGGGGUGUCGGGCUUCUGCGAGGUGAACGCCGGCGACGAGUUCACGGUUGAGAUGCACGCGCAGCCCGGCGACCGCUCGUGCGCCAACGAGGCCAUCGGCGGGAACCACUUCGGCCCGGUCCUCAUCUACAUGAGCAAGGUCGACGACGCCUCCACUGCCGACGGGUCCGGCGACUGGUUCAAGGUGGACGAGUUCGGCUACGACGCGAGCACCAAGACCUGGGGCACCGACAAGCUCAACGAGAACUGCGGCAAGCGCACCUUCAAGAUCCCCAGCCACAUCCCCGCGGGCGACUAUCUCGUCCGGGCCGAGGCUAUCGCGCUACACACUGCCAACCAGCCAGGCGGCGCGCAGUUCUACAUGAGCUGCUAUCAAGUCAGGAUUUCCGGCGGCGAAGGGGGCCAGCUGCCUGCCGGAGUCAAGAUCCCGGGCGCGUACAGUGCCAACGACCCCGGCAUCCUUGUCGACAUCUGGGGUAACGAUUUCAACGAGUACGUUAUUCCGGGCCCCCCGGUCAUCGACAGCAGCUACUUCUGAGUUGGCGAGGUUUCGUCGUUGGAGCAAGACCCCGGAGUACAGGUUGGCAUCUGUCAUGGAGGACUCCUCUUUACUCCUCCUUUCCCUACACCUUGGUGAUCUAAUUAGAACCCAUAACAAUCAAAUACAAACAUCACUGUUGCGGC